GUGAGGAAUGGAGGUUGUUUUGAAUCGGCGAGACUCCCUGGCCAAUCAGACCGGUCUCGUGUUAAGCUAGCGCGAGGCUCAGAGCAUGGGGUUUAAAGAGGAGAGGAAGGGAAGACAGUGGCGAGAUUUCUAUCAACUCAACAACACAGAGAUAUUUUGACAGAACAAGAGAAGGUAUUAGUGGACACAGGACCCCACUCAACUAACGAAAUGGCAAAAGGGGACCCCAGGAAACCCAAGGGCAAGAUGUCCUCUUAUGCCUACUUCAUUCAGACAUGCCGAGAGGAGCACAAAAAGAAAACCCCAGAGAUUCCGGUCAGCUUUUCAGAAUUCUCCAAAAGGUGCUCUGGAAGAUGGAAGGCAAUGUCAGAUAAAGAGAAAUCCAGGUUUGAGGACAUGGCCAAACAGGAUAAAGUGCGUUACGAUCAAGAGAUGAUGCACUACAUGCCUGGCAAGAAAGGCAAAAAGAAGGAUCCCAAUGCCCCCAAGAGACCAUGCUCUGGAUUUUUCCUAUUCUGCUCGGAGCACCGUCCACAAAUCAAAGCUCAGUACCCCAGCUUGGGUAUUGGAGAUGUGGCCAAAAAACUAGGCGAGAUGUGGAACAACCUCACAGAUUCCAACAAACAACCCUACUUGAUAAAGGCCAACAAGCUUAAGGACAAGUAUCAAAAGGAUGUUGCUGACUACAAGACAAAAGGCAAGGUUGGAGGUGUGUCUAUGGGAAUGGGAAUGGGAAUGAUGGGCAACUGUAUGGCUCCAAAACCCAUGAUGAAGAGCAAUAUGGAUCAUGAAGAUGAUGAUGAGGAAGAUGAAGAAGAGGACGAUGAUGAUUUUGAUGAUGAUGAAUAGACUUUCAUUUUUUUGUGUGUUUGAUCAAUGGUAAUAUGAUUACAACAACUAUUUUCCUUCAUUGAAGUACAGUAAGAUACGGAAAACACUGGUGGUCUCUCAUAGCCUCAUUAUUGGUUUGUGUACUGUGGGUGAGAGACUAACUACCACAGCAUCAUACCUCCAGCUAUAUGUGUGUGCAUGUGCACAUGAGAAGAUUUCACAUCAUCAUCGUAGCCCAGUGUCUUCCUAGACCAUGUUUGUAUACUUUUACCAAUUGUAUAACAAAAAACAUUUAAACGAGUAAUACCAUUUCUCUAUAUGUAAAUCCCUGACCGAUAUAUUUUUCUUUAUUUUUCAGAGUUCUCUGAGAAUGUUUGUAACUGUAUAUGGUUCAAAUUGAGUAUAGAUUGUUUUUAUGGUUGUAGUAUGUUGCAUGUGAAAGGUGUCAUAGUUUGGUACUGUGCAUCAGUAUCAGACAUUUCAUGCUGAACAAGUCCCUAGCUUUUAUUCCUCUUCCCUGUCCGUUUUAGGAAAACCCUGCAGACGAGCGCAAAAUAGCAAUUACUACCAGCACAUCAAUUAGUCCUGCUGCAGGGGUGUGUGCUAGAUGUUGUUUACUAUACUACAUUAGAUAUUAGCACAUCUGAAAUCAAUAUAGGAAAGAUAUUUAUGUUAUCUUUCCUAUGUUUUAACUAUUAUGUGAUCUAGGAAUGCGCAGAUAAAAAAAAAAAAAAAAAUGCAGAUACCCAAAAUUUUUAUUUUUUUGUUAUUGCUGAAAACAAAAUCAAUACUUUUGUUUUCUUUAAGCAGCAUCCGUGCUAAUGCUCCAAACUAUAUUUUACACAUUUGUGCAAAAUGAGGGGAAAUCAACCUGGCGUAAAACGAGUAUUAUGUUUGCAUUAAAAAAAAAAAGAUUUAGCACUGAUAUUAUCUGCUGCCAAUUUAAACUAGAUCAGCAAUGCUCAUAUUGGCCGACAUCAGUAUGGUCUCCAAUAUAUUGUGCAUCCCUAGUUUGAACCUUUUAUGUUUUCUUGAAUAUAAAGUGCGAAGCAAUGCAACAUGAUGAUAAAUCUGUACUUAUCUGUAUCUAGAGUUUUCAUUUUAUAUGUUUGAAGUUUGCGAUUAAAUUGAAACAUUUUUA